CUCAAAUUGUAUUGAAACCAAUUGUCUUUGUAAAUAUUUUUUUUCUUUUUUUUUUUUUGCAAGAAUAUGAACAAAGAAAAGCCCUGCAACACAACACUUAGGCUUGGAAUUGAAGUGGAGGUUACAAGGGAGAAGCAACUAAAGCAAAGUAAGAGGGAACUUUGUUUGGAUCUUUCUUUACCAAUUCAUCCAAAUAUCGAAGGUAGCGAUCAUGAAGAUCAUGAUCAUACACUUGAUGAUGAGAAAGAUGACCAGGAUUCAUAUAGUUCUAGAAUCACUGAUGAUCAUGAGAAAGAAGAAACGAGAAGAUCUGCGAAGAGAAGUGAUUUUAGCAACAAUGAUCUUUAUCUAGACAAUAGUGGUGGAUCUAGAAAGAAGCUAAAACUCUCUACAGAACAAAUUACUUUGCUUGAAGCUAGCUUCAAAAUCCAUAGCACCCUUAAUACGGGGCAGAAACAAGAACUUGCCAAGAAGUUGCAUCUUCUUCCCCGGCAAAUUGAAGUAUGGUUUCAAAACAGAAGAGCAAGGACAAAGUUAAAGCACAUUGAACAAGAAUGUGUGUUUUUAAGGAAAUGUUGUGCAGCCCUUAGCGAUGAGAACUGCAGACUUAAGAAAGAGCUGCGAGAAGCACGACGUGGUUCGUUAAAGUUUGAUCAUACUCAGCAGCGGCAGCCGCAGCCACAGCCACCACAACAUCCGCCACCUUUCUAUAUUGGAUGCCAAACUACAACGGAGACACGUCAUACAUGCAUGUGACAUAAUUGGAAAAAACUACGGACAAAAACAGUGAACAGAAUAAUUGUACUAAAAACCGGUAAAUUGUGAUGGCUGGAAGUACAACGACUUUAAUUAUAUUAUCAAUUAAUAAUUUGAACUAGGGUUUCUCUAGGGCUUUUUGCAAGCUGUUAAUAAUAAUUUAUACUUAUGAUUAUGUUGUUAGCGAACCAAACAUUGAAAGUUUAGGUUUGUUAUUUUAAUGUUGAAGAUGUCAUGAGGUUUGAUCGAGUUAAAGAAAAGCCAAAUUUGUAGUUG